AUGGAGGAAGAAAAGGACUUCGAUGAGCUCCAGUCCGACAUCUCGGACGACCAAGACGACACCCGUACCUUCCACAUCGGCGAUCGCCUGACAAUGCCAAAGGCCAGGCUGUACACAACGCAAGAACUCCAUACUCUCGUGCACGAGGGUGUCAUUGACUUGUGCCCGGCUUAUCAAAGAGAUAUUGUAUGGACAGAACCGAAGCAAAUGAAGCUCCUGGACUCUAUAUACCGCAACUAUUACGUUCCACCGAUUGUGUUCGACGUGUACAAAGACGACGAUGGCGAGACGGUCAUGCGAUGCGUGGAUGGGAAGCAGAGGUUGACGUCUAUCCAGAAAUUCUUUGACGGCCAGAUUCCUUACAGAGACCCCGUUACCAAAAAGGCUUGGUGGUAUACCCGCGCACAGUCGCACAAAUCUUCACGAUUGGAGGUCCCAGAGGAGUGGAAGCGGGAUUUUGCCUCCAAACAACUUACGUGCGUCCAAUACUAUGACCUGCCAAAGGGAAUGGACCGCGACAUCUUCCAGCGUGUGCAGCUGGGCGUUCCCCUCACAGCCGCUGAGAAACUGCAGGCCAUCUCCUCGCCCUGGUCCGAACUCGUCAGCGAGCUGGACGCGCGGUACAUCAACUGCGACAACGGGCUGACGACGAUCAUCGACGUUGACAUGAAGCGCGGGCGCGACUUCCAAACGCUCGCGCAGUUCGUCUGCUGCUGCAAGUACUACCCAGAACGCGUCAUCCCGACCGCGAAGAAGAUGGAACAGUUCGUCGCGGGCGAGGACGAGCCCGAGACCUGGUUUAAGACCGCACUCAAGGAGGCGCUCACAAAGUUCUGGCACAUCGGCGACAACAAGAGAUUAAACUACGGGUUCCGCUCGAUACAGAAGCGUGUGGCGCCGAUCGAGUUCGUCUUCAUCGGUGUGAUACUGUACAUUCUACGCGACUGCGAGGACGAGGUCUGCGCGGAAGAGAUCUACAACAUGCGAACGCACGUCCGCAAGCAGUUUCCGGAUGUCCGCGCGCGCGGGGACAUCAUCAAGUGCCUGUGGGACUUCAUCGCGCAGGUCGUAGAGCGCCAGGACGACGAACCGCCGCCCGCGUCUGCCAAAAGACGGUCGUCGAAGCAGAAGCGGGGCAAGUACUACGAGGGCAGCGACGACGACGAAGAGAUGGACAAGCCCGCGAGACGCGCUAAGAAGUCCAAGAGUCGGAGAUGA